GAAAUUGGAUUCCUCGUUUUUCCCCUCACCUCCAAACAUACAGCCAGCUAUCAACACACACAAUCAUUUUCAACAUGUUUUUCUCGCCGACUCGCGCUUACGAAACCACGCAUCGCAGGCCGAGAUUGUUAUAAGAACCUGCCGUUUCCGUGUUUGAUAUGAAAUCAUGCAUUUCAUAUCGCCGUGGAGAGAGGAGAACCAUGCAUGUGUCUGACGGAAAAACACGGAUUUAAUCAGUCCAUGUUUUCAGACACCAUGCGCAACUGACCCACAGACACCAUUGAUGUUCGAUAAAAGUGGGGUCGGGUGGCCAUGGACCCCUUCAGCCAGCUGAUCCUGCUCAUCUCGGUGGUGAGUUUUUGUUUUUUCCAGUGGCUCUUUCACAGCGUGAGCCCCUGGGCGUCGUCCAGAAUCAGCCCUGGCUUCCUCAAACUCACCCACAAACAGAAGAUCGAGUGGAACUCAAGGACUGUGUCUACGCUCCACGCUCUGCUGGUCGGCCUCUUCUGCCUCUACAUCUUGUUCUUCGAUGAGGCCGUCAAUCAGGACCCCGUAUGGGGAGAUCCUACUCUGGUGAAGAUAAACGUGAGCAUUACUACAGGCUACCUCAUAUCUGAUCUGCUGCUUAUAUUUUACUAUUGGAGAGCAAUAGGAGACAAGUUUUUUGUAAUCCACCACCUGGCAGCAUUGUAUGCUUACUACUAUGUACUGGGUCAAGGAAUGUUGCCUUAUUUUGCUAACUUCCGUCUGCUUGCAGAGUUUUCCACACCCUGUGUUAACCAACGCUGGUUCUUUGAAGUAUUAGGUUACCCCAAAUCCUCCAGGCCCAACAUGGCUAAUGGUGUGCUGAUGGCAGCGGUGUUUUUCCUGGUGCGGAUCGCCGUCAUGCCCGUUUACUACAGCCGGAUGUGCUCCGUGUACGGCACCGAGGCCUUCUACAGGGUCUCAUUUGGCGGCCGGAGCGCUUGGAUAUUCUCCAGCAUCUGUCUGGACAUCAUGAACGUCAUGUGGAUGCAUAAAAUCUUUCGCGGCUGCUAUAAAGUCUUGCAAUCCAGCCGGAAAUCCAAACCUGAGAGUCAAGAGAACGGAAAAACAGAUUGAGCUGGGUGGGGGGAAACUGUGAAUUUUCACUUUUUACACGACUUGCUCACUGAAUGGGUUGUCGUGUUAUUUAGAAAUGGAUAACUAAGGACACUAUCAAGUAGUGACCGGAGAUUGAACAAAAAUACAAAACAAAAAACACCCCCCAGAGCAAUAUUUCACAGGUGAAACUUAAAGACAUCUUAUAUGCUUGGAGAUACUUUUAUUUUGUAAUUUUUUUCAGGGGGGAACUGCACCAGAAGUGCUAACAGUGCACUGUACGCAUCCACCGGCUGAACUGUAUUUUAACUCUGUUGAAUUUUUAAAAGCAUGAAGCUGGUUUUAAUUUAACUGUGGGCUGGUAAACCACGUUAUUUAUUCGUCGGAAAAAACAAAGUUCAAUCCGUCGCUCUCAAUCACUGUACUAUGUGCCAAUGGUCAGCAAGAUGUUAACGUUUACCUAAAUGCCGCGUUUAUUGACUGUGAAAUAUUCUUCCACACAACAGCGCUGCACUACAAAUGAAGAAAAUCUGCCAUCCGAAUCAUUCUACUGAAGAUGGAAGAUCAACGUCAUGCUGUAGUCGUGACUUUUUAAUGGAGGAAAUGCAACCCAGGCUUAUUCUGAAAACGUUGCCCUAUAUACAUUUCUGGAGAUCGACAAAUACGUCCCAGGAUGUACGUUUUUUUUUUGCCGUUUUUGGCUGCUGUAUACGCUUUUUGAGUUCUCAAAUUUCUCUCGCGAGUGCUAUUCGCGCCUGCUGUUCACGCGUAAAUCCACCAGAGGCCGUGUUUCGACUGACUGACCAACCAACCGAUACCCCCACCAACCCCCUUCCUAAACCCAACCAAUAGUGUUUUAUAAAACACAGAUUGACCAGCGCCCAACCACUUCCCUAAACCCAACCAACUUGUUUAUUUAAAUUUUUGGCUUUUGUUUUGUCUUACCUGCUUUGUGGAAUCGUUCUUUGCCACUUCAACUCCUCUCUGUGUAUCAAGUCUUCUGAUGUUUGCUGCGAGCCACUGGACAAACUGGUUACAGCGGGAAAGCCGUCCAUAUGGAGGUAAGCGGUCAGCUGCUAGUGUGAAAAGGAUCUGCAUCACACCGCCCUUUAUCGUUCAUUUUAAAGACUAAAUGCAGCAUAGCUCUGGCUAUGUCAUUCGCAAUCUCCGGAAAUGUAUACAGGGCUACGAUUUCAGAAUGAGCCUAUGUUGAGGAAAUGUUGAAACAUGUUGGUUAAAUCGCCAAAAUAUUUUCUAUACAAGCAGUGAACUGUACUUGUUAAAUCCGAUUAAACCGGUUUACACUCGCUCCAGAUUCACCUCAGAUUUAAAAUCCCUUUCACACACGAAUGCUUUGUUCGCACUGUACAGUUAAUUGCAUGCGGCGAUGUUGUUCUCUGAAUGUUUGCAUUGUACAUAGAGAUUUUACUGAACAUAUGACGGUUAUUUUAAUGAACGUUUGUGUACAGUGUAUCCAAUCAGUACCGAACUUAAAAUUUAUCGGGGCUAUUUUGACAAAUGGAAUCGCGAGAGCUUGCGUUUGCCGAGCUCAUUCGAAUGUCGAAAAACUCUUUUCCUUGCAUUGCACCUAAUUUAUUAAUCCAGUUUCACACUGGGACAGCAUGGUAAUGUUUGUACGACAUAUUUAUUAUUUUUUAACGGAAAGAUAUACACGUCGUUGAUGUAUCAGAGUAGAUAUCUAUACAGCAUACGAGAGAAUUUCACAAUGCAGAGAUGCUUUUAUGAAUUCAUUGUCACCAUGUAUAGUCUAGAAUAUUCGCACACGCAUUCGGACGUGAGAGCGCAUGACGAGUUUUAUUGUUUUGUUUUGUGUGGAAACGAUUUUCUGUUUUUAACAAACUUAAGUACUUGAAUUUUGAGAACUAUGAAGGGGAAUGCCUGUUAUUGGGACGAGUUAUACAGGAAUACAUGUGAGUUUAUGUUUUGCCUUUGCAUCUAGUCACUCAAAAUGCCUUUUUUUUUGGUUAAAUAAACGUGCUUUAUUUGAUUCCUUCAGCGUCUUUUUGUACCACGCCGUUUUAAAAAAACUAGCAAAUGCUGGUAAGAUAUGUUUUGAUGCUAGUAUGCUGGUCUUUCUGGUUUCAAUUCUGGUUUUGCUGGUCUCGAUGCUGGUUUCAAUGCAGGUUUCGCUGGCCUCUAUGCUGGUCUUGCUGGUUUCAAUGCAGAUUUUGCUGGCCUCUAUGCUGGUCUUGCUGGUUUCAAUGCAGGUUUUGCUGGCCUCGAUGCUGGUUUUGCUGGUUUCAAUGCUGGUUUUGCUGGGUUCAAUGCUGGUCUCGAUGCUGGUCUUGCUGUUUCGAUGCUGGUCUUGCUGGUUUCGAUGCUGGUCUUGCUGGUUUCGAUGCUGGUCUUGCUGGUUUCGAUGCUGGUCUUGCUGGUUUUAAUGCUGGUCUUGCCUUGUCAGGACCAGCAUUGAGACCAGCACUGAAACCAGCGAGACAAGCAAAAUCAGCUCUGAAUCCAGCUAAAACAGCAAUGAAACCAGCAAAACCAGCAUUAAGACCAGCAUUGAAACCAGCAAGACCAGCAUUGAAACCAUAAAGACCAGCAAAACCAGCAUUGAAACCAGCAAAACCAGCUCUGAAUCCAGCAAAACCAGCAUUGAAACCAGCAUGACCAGCAUACCAGAAUCAAAACAUACCAUUAUCAAAACAUUAUCAGCAUUUGCUGUUUUUUUCAGCAGGGUGUUUAGUCAUGUGUGACUGUUUUUUUCUGUUUUGUUCUUGGUAACAUUACAACCAAUGGUCAGAAUCGUCAGUAUGAUAAUGAAAAUCCUUGCAAAACCCAACUAAAAUUCACCAUGAUUUACUAUAGUAAAAGUGUAGUGCCCUGCUGAACAAACCAGCAUAUGCUGGUAAGUUAUGUUUGGAUGCUGGUUUUGCUGGUUUCAUUGCUUGUCUUACAGGUUUCAAUGCUGAUGUUGCUGGCCUCGAUGCUGGUCUUGCUGAUUUCGAUGCUGGUUUCAAUGCUGGUCUAAGUGCUGGUCCUGCUGGUCUAAGUGCUGGUCUCAACACUGGUCCAGCAAGACCAGCACUGAGACCAGCAAGACCAACAUACCAGCAUCAAAACAUAUCUUACCAGCAUUUGCUGUUUUUUUUUCAGCAGGGUGUUUAAUCAUGUGUGACUGUUUUGUAUUUGGUAAAGUUACAACCAAAGGUCAGAAUGAUAAUGAAAAUCCUUGCAAAAUCCAGCCUUACAAAAAUUCACCAUGAUUUAUUAUAGUAAAAGUGUGGUAGCCAUGUUUAUUUUGAGGUCGUACAAAUACAAUGGAAAAACUACGAUUUAGCACAGGGGUGCUUAAACUCGGUCCUGGAGGGCCGGUAUCCUGCAAAGUUUAGCUCCAACCCCAAUUGGACCCCAGGUGUGGCCAAUUGGGGUUGGAGCUAAACUUUGUAGGAUACCGGCCCUCCAGGACCAGGGCCUAGCUAAUCAAGCUCACACUACGCUUUCAAGAACAUCUGUGCAGGUGUUUUGAGGGAAGUUGGAGCUAAAUGUGCAGGACACUGGACUUCCAGGACCGAAUUUGCGCACCCCUGGUCUAGCAAAACCAUUGUGAAUUUGUGGUUACCAUAGUUAUAGUUGUAGAUACUGUAGUUUAAAUUGACCAUUUGGUUGAAUUUCAGAAAAACAGACAUUUGGAAACGGAAGCAAGCAAAGGAAAAAUAAGGGAUAGUUUAUUAGUUAUUUAAACCUCUUGCACGUCAUUUCCGAGGCUGAUUUAUACAUAUUUGGAAUUGAAUUUUUACUUAUUAAUGAAUUAAAGAAAGAAAAAUAUUUCUAUACACAAUGUCCAAACCUUCAGUGUUCAACAGCGUUGAUGUUUGAUUCAUGGGAUGUGGGAAAUGCAACAGUAUCUGUAUGUUUUAUAUUUCCACACGCUGUCAUGGGAGAUUGUUAUUUUGUAAGGUUUACAUUUGUUACUACGGUGGCCACAGGGAUCGUGUUUCUACAAACUGAGCGAAAGAAAGUAAGUGCAUGCACUCGACGAUCGAUACGACAGUUGUUUUGAACAUGGGUAAUCUUUCACGUGUCUUACUUUUUUUCACUUACAUUAUGCCAUUUGCCUCAAUAAAGCAAUAUGUUCAUUUUGA